AUAUUUAAAUUAAUUGUAGUGCUUUCAUACGUACGUUCAAAGACAAAAAUGGAGUGUGUAGAACUAGAAGCAUUUCUCGGUGAUUUUUCCGUCGACGAUCUUCUCGACCUCUCUAACGCCGACACUGCUUUCGUACGUGAAGAGUCGUCUUCAUCUCACAGAGAAGAAGACGAACAAGAACGUGAGAAAGCUAAGAGCUUUUCCGACCACAGUACCCGUCUUUCACCACUGGAGGAUCUCUUAUCUUUUCACCGCGACGUUCCAUUUGGUGAUUUGGAGGACCUAGAGUGGUUAUCCAACUUCGUGGAGGAUUCUUUCUCAGAAUCUCAUCUUUCCAGUGAUUUUCCGGUGACUCCAGUCGCGUCAGUGGAGGUUCAGAGACAGUGCGUUCCGGUUAAACCUAGAAGCAAACGCCGCCGCACCAACGGCCGUAUCUGGUCUCUGGAGUCUCCAUCUCCUCUACUAUCCACCGCCGUUUCCAAAGAGAAUAAGAGAGGGAGACAGAAGGCGGCAUCGGGCGGUGGCGGAGUCCAGCAGCAGCAGCCGAGGCGGUGCUGCAGCCAUUGUGGAGUCCAGAAGACGCCUCAAUGGAGAAUGGGUCCAUUAGGUGCGAAGACAUUGUGUAAUGCUUGUGGGGUCCGGUUUAAGUCGGGUCGGCUUUUACCUGAAUAUAGACCCGCUUGUAGCCCAACAUUCACCACCGAGAUUCACUCGAACUCUCACCGGAAAGUGUUGGAGCUGCGACUCAUAAAAGCGGCGUAUCCGGGUCGGGUUUAACCUGUUUCUUUUUCCUAUCUUAAAUUUUUAACAAUUUGAUAUGCAUGAUGUAAUCAUGUAACUAUCUAUGUAAGCAGAGAAUGAGAGAGAGAUCCGUAGACUGUUUUCAGAUUUAUGAACUUAAGCUAUAAUUAGAAACAAUUUUAUUUGAUAGAGUAUGAUUAGAAAUCAUGAUCAUUAAAAGUUUUUGUUAAAU